AUGCUGCGUCCCCCCGUUCAUAAAACAGAACAAAAAAAUUUUGAAGCGAGUCAAGAGAGACGCCAACAUCAUUACGCAAAAGACGGUAUAUUGCGUAGGCGACGAGGGCUUCGCCUCACAAAGCCAUCGCAGGAGGUACAGGAGAUUCAAAGAGCACUCGCUGUAGCCUUAGGCUACGAUGAAGAUCUAUCUGAGCCGGAGACGAGUGAAGACGAGAAUGACGCACUAUCAAUAGAUCUCCCAUCGUGCCUGCUCGCUUUCAAAAGCAUCAAGGACGAGAUGUUGGUGCUAAUUGGAGAACCCUGCGCAUUUACAGAGAGCCUCCUCCUUCAGUACGUCAAAAGCUUGCCAGAUGAAGUGCAUGGCAAGGGCGACACCUCAAUCAUUCAAAAUGCGAAAACAGAGGUCGAACGCUUACUCCGCCGUGCAACUCGAGUGCAGGAUCAAAUCAUAAUUUUCUGUGGAGUCUCGACCGAGUCUCGCGCUACUAAAUCAGUCUCCCGGUUCUUAAGCACUACACUCGCUUAUAUAGAUGAUGUCCAGUAUUUUUUGGACAUUGAAGGACUCACUGAGUUGACGGUUGCUCACUCAAUGGGUGAGCUGAUGUACCAGAAGAGGAUCCGUAUCUAA